AUGGAGCAGUGGAAGAAUCGAGUGGCUGUUGUGACGGGCGCUUCCUCAGGAAUUGGAGCUGCCAUUGCCAAAGAUUUGGUAAAAACAGGAAUGAUAACGAUUGGACUGGCAAGAAGAUUAGAGAAAAUCGAGGCUUUAAAGAAGGAUCUUCCGGCUCAUCUUCAGGGAAAUCUUCACGCUGUGAAGUGCGACAUCACCAAGGAAGAUGAAAUUGUUGAAGUGUUUGAUUGGAUCGAUAGAGAAUUCAAGGGAAUUGACGUUCUUAUUAAUAAUGCUGGAAUUUUUCGAUCAACGGAACUGAUCAAUGCUGAUAAUUCGAUCCCGAUUCGAGAGAUAAUUGACACUAAUGUGAUGGGCCUUGUAUUCUGCACUCGAGAAGCUUUCAAAUCUAUGGAAAAACACGGAAGAAACUCCCAUGUUGUGCACAUCAACAGCAUUUUCGGACAAAAGCCUAUAUGUAUGCUUGAAUAUCCUUCGAACAAUAUAUAUCCUCCAAGUAAAUAUGCAGUGACUGCGAUCACUGAGAUUCAUCGUCAGGAAUUUAUCAGAAGCAAGCAUCAUAUUAAAGUUACUUCAGUGAGUCCUGGACUGGUGAAAACGGAGAUCUUUUCACCAGAAAGCCUGGAACAGCUAGCUGAAGAGCCCUUUCUUGAGUCUAAAGACGUUUCGCAAAGUGUUCUCCAUGUCUUGGGGACUCCUCCUCAUGUUGAAAUCCAUGAACUCAUCAUUAUUCCAUUCGGCUCGCGAUUGUGA